CAUCAGCUGUCAAAUCUAUUAAUAUUUUAAUGAAAAGAAGAAAACCAACAAGUACUGACUUUUUGUUAUUGUCAAUCUGUAGAAUUCAAUAGUUUUUUAAUUUUCAUUAUUAACUUCUGUUCUUGAAUCCUUUGUUAUUAUCAGUGAAGUUCUUUGGAGCUCCUGGAGAUCCUGUGCUACAUGAAUCUGCUGCAUUAUUGUUAUCAUUAUUUUAGUCUUUAUUGGCUGGACAGAGUUUAGAUGCAUGUUUGGAUUAUUAAUUUAAACAGACACUGUGUUUACAAUCAGGCGUAAAAAGGUCAUUCGACUUUAUCUAAAGAUCCAAUUUACAGAAAUGUGUGAGAUUCUGUGUGAAUCACCCUUGAGCUUCACUAACUACUCUGAACCUACAGUUUACUGAGGAAUCAUGAGGAAUGAAGCUGUUACAGCUUGAGCUUCUUUACGCUUCACAUUUGGUGUUUGCAGCAUUUUAGCCCAGAAGAAGUUUCAAAAGUCUUCAUCUCCAACCUCACUAAUAUCUCCAACUUCAAUAAUAUCUCCAAUCUCAAUAAUAUCUCCAACUUCAAUAUCUCCAAGCUCAAUAAUAUCUUCAACUUCAAUAAUAUCUCCAAGCUCAAUAAUAUCUCCAACCUCAAUAUCUCCAACUUCAAAAAUAUGUCGAACCUCAAUAAUAUCUCCAACUUCAAUAUCUCCAAGCUCAAUAAUAUCUCCAACUUUAAUAAUAUGUCCAACCUCAAUUUAUGUGUAUAUUCCAUGAAUGGUUAGAAAAAACUGCAAAAGCAGCACUGUUACUAUUAGCGUGCAUAUAUAUAUAUAUAUAUGUAUAUUUUACAUAUAUGUAUAAAGAGGCCAAAAUUACACCCACAGUUGGUAAUCCAAAUAAAAAUUCAUCUCAAAGUCCCAAAGCAGCUCAAACCUAUUGUUGGACGAGCUGGAGAAGCUGAGAUUAGUCACUGAGAACAUACAGUGGCACGUUACUGGUAGAAUGGGCUGCAAAGUCAGGAGCUUCAGCACCAUAUAGACUCUACAGAUGUAGGAAGACAGGGAAAAACAAGACUAAGAGGAAUUCCACUUAAUACUGGCACAUUCCUUUCGAGUUAACGAAUACCAACAUUACUGCCAUCGCAACCAUCUGCAAAUCCUCCCCAGUAGCGUUUACUUUCAUUAAACAACGAAUGAACACGCUGCCCAGUGGUGCUCAGGCUGGAGAGCUGUUUCUGACUCUGAAUGUACCGUUAACCAAACCUCAAUGGCCUAAAAUUUGAGUGAUCGCAAACACUUAAACAUGUCGCCUAUGUUUCCAACAAGCCUGCCAGGACUGGCUGCUCCAGAGGCAGAACAGUUUGAGCUCCGCUUUCUCUGGCCAAACGCGGAAGUGCGGUACAUUCCAAUGCCGGAACUUUUAUUGUUCCUACCAGGCAUGUCACACUACUGACAUGCACAACUAAAACUACAGGAAAUGGACAGAUUGGAAUGCGAAGUAAUGUGUCCCCCUUUAUCCCGAGAACGAAGCAUAAAAACUAAAUAAGAAGGAAAAAACUUUCUUUGUAGAGUUGGUCUGUGGCUUGGACCACCCUCUCAGUUCCACCAGAUGGCAGCAAUGAAGCUUUCUUUUCCACCAACCCUUCUACACAUUUGCCGCCCCCCCCCCACACACCCCACCUCCCCCACCCCAGCUGAAUGAUGUUCAUGUUAAAGAUUGACAGAAAAGCCGAUGUUGAACCUGUUGGACCGUCGGUGUAUCCUGACCUUUAUUAAUCAUUCAUUGAAUUUACUCUUUUUAUCUGUUUGGUCCUCUGUGUGUUCUCACUGCGCCGGAUGAGUGAGUGUGUGUUCUCCUCGCAGGUGUGUGGUGUUUUUGCAGGUGCAGGGUUCUCCUAGCGCUCUCCAUGCGUCAGCAGGACAGAUCCCUCUAAACAUGCCAAGGAACACUUCUGCUUUUCUCCUGCAACGCUGUGCAGGGGUCUGGAUGGAGGCCUGAGAGCAGAGCUGAGCUGAAGGGUCCGAGUCGUGGAUGCAUGUCGGUGCAGCAGAAGGGAGGAUGAAGGAUGUUCUGCAGGUGGUUGGGCUGGUUUUGGGUUUUCUGGGCUGUCUGUUCGCAUUAGUUACUCUGCACAUCAGCACCUGGAAGGAGUCGUCCGACUUCGACAAUGUCAUCAUCACCUCCAGAAUCUUCGAGAACCUGUGGAUGACCUGUGCCGAGGAUUCCACAGGAGUUUAUAACUGCUGGUACUUCCAGAGUUUACUGGCGCUGCCAGGUUAUAUCCAGGCCUGCCGAGCGCUCAUGAUCGCGUCUAUCGUGAUGGGGAUGUUUGGGCUGAUCUCCACGCUGGUGGGAAUGCAGUGCUCCAAGAUAGGAGGAGAGAAUUAUGUCCUGAAGGGAAGAAUUGCUGCAGUUGGAGGAGUCUUCUUCAUUCUGCAGAGUCUGUGCACUAUGAUCGCUGUUUCAUGGUAUGCGUCCAACAUCACUCGGGAGUUCUAUGAUCCCCUCUAUGACGGAACCAAGUAUGAGAUCGGGGAGGGGCUGUACAUUGGCUGGAGUUCAGGUACGCUGGCCCUGAUUGGAGGCUGCUGUUUGCUGUGUUCCUGCAAAGUGAAGAGUAAAGAGGAGAAAGUAGGCUGAACAGAAUCUGCCAUGUCCACACCUGCGUGACGGACAGUCGGUCCUCCAGGGAAGACCGACACCUGCGUGACGGACAGUCGGUCCUCCAGGGAAGACCGACACCUGUGUGACGGACAG